CCGGAGCCUAAAUGAACUUACACUGGGCUCGUGUAUUGGGCUAGUCGAGUGGAUCAGAAUUUCCCGUAGCUUCGAAAUCACAGCGGGGCUUUCGUCAGAGAGAGAGAGAGCUCUGCUGUUCGCUUCUCCGUCUCUCUCUUCAAUCCAUUAUCCUCUUCGUCUUCCUCAGCUGCCUCUCUCAGACACGCCGAGCAAAGCAAGAUGACUCCUCACGAGUCGUCACUUCAAAACCCUAAACGAACUUCUACAGCUUUCAACUUCUUUCCAAAUUGCAUUUCCUCCUUCUCACCCGCAUUUUCUCAAACACCUUCUGGACCAUCCAGACGAAGGCAACCCGAAUUCGCCUCUCCAUGUAAUUUUCUUCGCGACCUCCAUGAAUCUUUCGCCUCAACUACUGAAAGCUGUAUUAGACUCUUUCACUCAUUCGCUUCUGAGAAUCCAUUUCUGCAUAAAUUGCUCUCGUUGCCUUCUGAGUUCCAGAGUUUUCGUUUCCAGAUCCACAGUAUGAACUCCAGGAAUUUUCGAGCUCUCUCUAGUCAUAAUUUUGCUGCAGUUUUGCCGGGGGAUUCUAUGGCAGGACUUGUAGUUGCAAAUGGCAUUCAGAAUUUCUUGAGCCUUUACAAUACACUCUUGGUCGUCAGGCUGGUUUUGACUUGGUUUCCGAAUACGCCUCCCGCCAUUGUUAGUCCACUAAGCACGUUAUGCGACCCAUAUUUGAACAUAUUUCGUGGGAUUAUUCCACCACUUGGAGGGACACUUGAUUUAUCUCCAAUAUUGGCAUUCUUGGUCUUAAACGCCUUUACCAGCACUGCCGCUGCACUUCCUGCUGAACUUCCAGCCCCAAAUUCGUCUCUUGCCAAUCCUAAUCCUUUAGAAGGCUCUGUUGAUCUUACAUCAUCACAAAAGAAAUGGAUGAGAAGGCUGCAGGGAAGUGGAAAGAACAAUGCUGAUGCUGAUCAAUAGCCUAUAAUUCAGGUUUGUAUGCGUUGAUUGAGCUCAAUUUAUUUGAAAUUAUGACUCUUUCAUCCUUGUAUUCUGUCUAUUGUAAAGUGCGGUUGAUCGGAUUAUUACUUUGAGUUUGUGACAAUUUUCUUGAUUGUGUACACUGUAAAUCUUGUAGUUCAGUCAAAUUGGUUAGAUCACUUUCUUCCAUCUCAAUCAAGACAUGUAAAUUUUAUAUUUAAUAGAUUUUCAAACUAUUUGUCUCUA